CUCUCUCCCUUUUCACACACAAAGCUUUUCUACUUCUUUAUGGAUUUCUGAAGCUUAAUUUAGGGUUGUUAUUAAAACAAUUUUUUCCCCAAAGCUUAAUUUAGGGUUGAUAUUAAAACAGUUUUUUCCCCAACUUUUUGUACAAAGAUCCCAAUCAGAUUUGUUGAUCAUCUUAUGGAUAUAAACCACAAAAAAUUCACAAAUCCUACUUGGGAUCCUAAUAUGACAAUAGAAGAUCACCACUUUCGUCAUGAUCAUCAGCUCCCUUUUGAUCAUACAAUCUGGACAGAUUAUCCUCUUCAAAAUCACUGCACACCAUCUUCAUCAUUAAUUCCAUUACAAGCUCCAAAUUUGCUUAGCACUCAAAUGGCGAAUCUCAAGAAGCAAGAAGAGGAAGAAGAACCUGAAGAAGAAUUAGGAGCCAUGAAAGAAAUGAUGUUCAAGAUUGCAGCAAUGCAACCAGUAGACAUUGAUCCAGCCACAAUUCAGAAGCCUAAAAGGCAAAAUGUUCGUAUAAGCAACGAUCCUCAAAGCGUGGCAGCAAGGCACCGAAGAGAGAAAAUAAGCGAAAAAAUGCGAAUUCUGCAAAGACUUGUGCCCGGAGGUACAAAGAUGGACACUGCAUCCAUGCUAGAUGAAGCCAUUCGUUAUGUCAAGUUCUUGAAAAGGCAAAUUCGACUUCUGCAAGCAAAUCACAACCCACAAUCCAUAGGAGUUGCAACCACCAGUACGACAGAAGAUUGGCUGGCGGUGACAAUGGGAAAAGCUCCAGGCACCACCACCACCUCUGGCGCCACCAUAGCAGGAACCUCAUAUACAUUUGGAGGUAAUGGGGUUUGCGGGAUCCCAUUUUGUUUAAGUAAUAGGCAAUUCUAG